ACACCACCUCCUAGCGAUGGCCGUGGCCGGGGCGACUUCGUUUUUUAGCAUGUCCUUAUCACCGACAACAUUUUAACUAAUUUUCUCUGAAGGAUAUAAAAUGUGCAAAGUAUUUAGGAUUUGAAACUGACAGAUAGAAGUCAUAGGCGGAAAUUGAGGGAGAUGUUUGAAACUCGUCCCCAUGUCUCCAAAUGCCUUAGAGAUCAAAAAACGCCUCCUUCAAGGAGGUUUCAGUUCCUUGAAGCAGCUCAAGCAUGUCCAUUCUCUGCUUAUCCGCCUCGACCUCGAUCAAGACAACUAUCUCCUCAACAUGAUCUUCAAACUCUGCUUCACUUCUGGUUCUCACACUACUACUCACUACACUAAACUUGUUUUUCACCAAACACAACAACCCAAUAUCUAUCUCUACAAUACGAUCAUAAGGGGCUUCGUUUCCAAUGAUUAUUUCGACGAAGCUGUUCAAUUCUAUGGUUUAAUGCGGAGAGACGGCUUUCUACCCAACAAUUUCACUUUCCCUUUUGUUCUAAAAGCGUGCACCAGGCUUUCAGAUUUCCAAUUGGGUCUGAAAAUGCAUACCCUUGUGGUGAAAGCUGGUUUCGAUUACGAUGUGUUUGUUAAGACUGGUUUGGUUUGUUUGUAUGCGAAAUGUGGGUACUUGGGAGAUGCCCAUCAAGUGUUUGAUGAUAUACCUGACAAGAAUGUUGUUUCUUGGACUGCAAUUAUUAGUGGGUAUAUUGGGUUUGGUCAAUUUAGGGAAGCAAUUGAUAUGUUUCAUAGGCUGUUGGAGAUGGGUUUGAGGCCUGAUAGUUAUACAGUUGUUCGUGUUUUGUCUGCGUGUACUCAAUUAGGGGAUUUGAGUAGUGGAGAGUGGAUACAUAGAUAUGUAGUAGAAAAUGGAAUGGAAAAGAAUAUCUUUAUAGGCACUGCUUUAGUGGAUAUGUAUGCCAAGUAUGCAAACAUGGAUAGAGCUCGUAGUGUCUUUCAUGGGAUGCCCGAGAAGGAUAUAGUUUCUUGGAGUGCCAUGAUUCAGGGUUAUGCAUCAAAUGGACUACCAAAAGAAGCCCUAGACCUCUUUUACCACAUGCAAAGAGAAAAUUUAAAACCUGAUUGUUAUACCAUGGUUGGAGUUCUUUCUGCUUGCAGCAAAUUAGGAGCGCUAGAAUUAGGGGACCGGGCAAGUAGCUUAAUUGAGAAAAAUGAGUUUUUGAUCAACCCAGUUUUGGGCACAGCACUCAUUGACAUGUAUGCAAAAUGUGGGAAGAUGACUUCAGCUUGGAAAAUCUUUAAAGGGAUGAAGGAGAGAGACCUGGUGGUGUGGAAUGCUGUAAUAUCUGGACUUGCCAUGAAUGGCUAUGUCAAAGCUGCAUUUGGUCUAUUUGGCCAAGUAGAGAAAUAUGGGAUAAGACCUAAUGAGAAUACCUUCAUGGGUCUUCUUUGUGGGUGUACUCAUGCCGGUCUUGUCAAUGAUGGUCGUAAGUAUUUUAAUAGCAUGAAUCAUGUCUAUUCUUUGACUCCUACUAUUGAGCACUAUGGAUGUAUGGUUGAUCUUCUUGGCCGUGCAGGGCUAUUAGAUGAAGCCCAUCAACUAAUCAAAAGUAUGCCAAUGCAGGCUAAUGCCAUUGUUUGGGGAGCUUUGUUAGGUGGAUGUAGGGUACAUCGAGAUACACAACUGGCUGAACUUGUAUUGGAACGGUUGAUUGAGUUGGAACCUUGGAACUCUAGUAAUUAUGUACUAUUGUCAAAUAUUUACUCGGCAUACCAAAGAUGGGAUGAUGCAGAAAAAAUCAGGUCAUCUAUGAUUGAGAGAGGGAUGAAGAAAACGCCUGGUUAUAGUUGGAUUGAAGUAGAUGGAGUUGUUCACGAGUUCCUUGUGGGAGACACGACUCAUCCCUUAUCAUAUAAGAUAUAUGCAAAACUUGGUGAAUUGAGUAAAGAAUUGAAAGCAGCUGGUUAUGUUCCGACAACAGAAUUUGUGCUUUUUGAUAUUGAAGAUGAGGAGAAGGAGCAUUUCCUUGGUUGUCAUAGUGAGAAGCUAGCUAUUGCAUUUGCUCUUAUCAGUACUGCUCCAGAUUAUGUAAUUCGAGUUGUGAAAAAUCUUCGGGUUUGUGGCGAUUGCCAUAUGGCCAUAAAACUCAUCUCAAAGAUUACUGGUAGAGAGAUAAUUGUUAGGGACAAUAACCGUUUCCACUGCUUUAUUGAGGGGUCAUGUUCAUGUAAAGAUUAUUGGUGAAAUAAGAGACAAAUUAACCCUGGUAUGGAUGAUAACAUGACAUGACCCUUUUACUACGUAUUUUGAUGGAAAUUUAUGCUACAUUUUUAAUGAGAAGGAAAAACAUGUGACCAAUUUUUCCGAAUAAUCUCUUGCACUCUCAUCUACCUGAUAAGAAGAAAACUGGUGUUAGUGUUUUUUAUUGAUGAGAAUGCUGUCAACUGGGUAACAGACAUGGAAUAAGUAGAGUUUGAUUGAUCCUGAGCUGUACAGAGCAGCCAAUGGGAAUGAUCCUGAAUCUCUGUUCCAAGUUGUGGCCAUGUCAGGUCUUGUUGAAUUCUUGUGUCAACUCGGCAACGUAGCUAAGUUACUCUCUCUCUCUCUCUCUCUUGGUCUCUUGUACUUCUUUCUUGUAGCCUACUUUUAAAUUAUUUUUAGUUCUGAAAUUCGAACGAAAUGCUGUGUAAUUAGGGCAUAAAUUUGGAUUUUUUUAGUGUUUAUCAUACAACUCUCGUGAAUAGAAUGUUAGUAAAAUCAAAAUGUUGUUUAGGUUAUGGCUCCGAGAUCUGUGAAUUGGAAGAUUUUGAGUUUGUGGUUAAAUUUUUGAUAUGGGAGAAUGGAGUUUGGCUUUGCUGUUAAUUUUGGUGUUUUGCACUCUAAUUUUCCUCCUUUGGGGCUUAAAAUAUGGAAUGAAUUGUUGUUUUGGUUUUAUUGUUAAUUUUAAUAAGAGCCUAAUACUGUGACUGCAUGAAACAAGUAGGGAAAAUAACAAAAUGGUGUGUAACUGGGGCAAAAUUUUUACAAAUCAGUUGGGAGUUUUAAAAAAUUACAACACAAGUGGAAAAAUGACAAAAAUAUAUAUUAUAAAGCAUGGAAUUUUUAUAACGUAGGAUGAAAACACCCUUCUCUUUUAGCCUCUUCUGCAAACCUCCUCUAGCCCCUUCCUCUGCUCUCCCUUGCCACCCCAUCACUUCUCUAACCUCCGUCACCCAUCCCCUCCACCCUCCACCUCUCCCCUACCCACCCCCGACACUCUUCCGUCCCGUCCCUCCCCAUCCCCACCCAACCCAACAACCUAGUCAACUCAAAUUCUAGCCACCAGAACCAUCCAAACCCUUCUAGUACCUCUCAUCGCCACCCUGCACCUCCUUUCCCCCGCUAUUGCAAAUUUUUGCAAGAUGCAAGUGGAUUAUGUGCAGUGUUAUCUCCUAGUUUCCAAUCUCUACUUUGAUUUUGUGAAUGCUUGCACAUAUUAUUUUAUAAAACAAGGGGGGUGCAUAUGGUAUGCCCUCUAUAAUAAAAGUACAAAAUUUAUGGCAUAACUUUUCUCAUUACCAAAAGUAUAACUGAUGUAGGACAGUGCUGGAUUUUAAAAACAGAUGUUAUUUGAUGGCCUAAAUAGUAAGUAAUUUAUGAUUUUAACGGUUAAAUUCAAGGCUAAUAGGUAGGGGAAGGGAUUAUGGUUGAUUUGGGGUGAUUGGAUAGGAUUUUGAGGUUGAAAAGUGCACUUUUUGAAGUUUUUGAUAACUCAGAGUGUCCGGGCUAGCUUACGCGCACCUCGACUAAUCCCUGGGGAACCAAUCCCACCGUCCACUAGCGGGGGGCCCAUUUAAAGCCAGAGCAAAGCUCCGUAUGGACUGGCCCAACACAAGAGUUGAUAGCACCUAAGAGGUUUUGAACCUGAGACCUAGAGAGGAGCAAACUCCUAAGUCCCAAGCCUCCACCACUAGGCCAACCCUUGGGGGUUUUUUUGAAGUUUGUAAAUAGUAACCCGAGAAUAGCAACUAGUGUGCAUAGAAGAAAAAAGAGAAGAAGAAGAAGAUAGGUCUAGGAACCACUCCUAGAAUCCCUUAGGCAUCACACACAGGGUUUGAUUACGCCACACAAUCCAUAAGAAAGCUUCAAAGCUUUUCAAAUUCUCUAAAAUAUCAACUCUAUUAAAUUAUAAGUAUUACAUGGCUUUAUAUAAAACUAGUAAACUUCCUAAACCAACUAAAGCCAAAAAAGGAAACUGCUUAAAAUAAUUUGACUUUCAAAACCAAUUUAAGACAAAAAAGAGAAACAUAAAUAAAAAUCAAUUGAAUGACCCUUAUAGCCUAUGUCAGCAAAUAUGAAAAAUACUUCAAUACCCCUAACCUAUAAUUCCUAGAAAACAUAAAAAUAAUCAUAAAAUAAGACUCUAAUAAUACUAGAAACAUAAUUAUAUUAUGUAUGAUUCCUAUAAGUUUCUCUUUGAAAUCACGUCAAUGUCCAAAUAUCGUCAUUUUUUUUUAAUUUAGGCUUCCUUGAGCUGCUUAUAUUUUGCAUCAAUAACUUUAGCUUACCACAAAAGUAUAACUUUCACUUUAAGAUGCACAUUAUAAAUUCACCAGUCAUAACUUUUGCCACAAAUUGGCACAUACCACAAACAUUCAUAACUUUCACCACAAAAGUCGUUAACUUCUUUAUAAUGUGCCCCUUUUUAGGGUGCUCAUCAUAGAUUUUCCCAUAAAACAAAGGUACAAAUGAAUACAACUGAUUUUUUAUUGGUACUGAGGGAACUGCAUUCAGCAGCCUUGCAAAUUCGAAGUCAUAAUUGAGUUAUCACAUUCAUAAAUUGUUGAUGUUUAGUACUCAUGCUAAUUUGUUUUCCCUGUUUUAGAAAAUUACUCUUUUUGUCUGUAUUGUACUUGUAGUACCCUGAUGAGGUUUUAGAGUCAUGGGAAUAAGAAAAAUAUUAAAACUGACAGAAAAUUAGUUUCACGAACAGCAGCUUAUUUUACUUGAAAUGUAAUAUGUAUGUUUCAGAUUUUAUAUGCUAUAGAUCUCCCUUGUUCAGUGGAUUAUCUUGGAGCCAAGGGGUAAGAUUUGUUCUAUUUUGUUACUAAUGGACUAAUAUGUUUUUCUAUUAUUCAUUGUGUUUUAUAUUUGAAUUGAAGAAGCAGUGCUCUUGGUCUGUUCGACUACUCAAUAAAUCCUACAAUCAUGUGGCUUUCAAGGUGCACACAUUUUGUUCACAAAAAGUAUUUACUGCUGAAACAUUGGAUUUGCAAAUUUGAAAGUCGGAUAGCAAUAUAACACACUGAUGUAAUUGCUACUGCUUGGGCAUGGGACAUGAGAGCAUCAAAAGCUAAGGGGCUAUGAGAAGCUGAGACUACAAAAUGUGAAGCGUUUGCUUGGUGGCCCUGCCUAGCUCAGUUGAAGGAAGUUUUGAGUUCGUGAUUGGAUUAUGAAUUUAGAUAGUGAUUUGGAAGGAACAG